CCUCUGAUCCAAGUCUCGUACUCGUCUGAUAAAAAAAACGGUUUUGUUUUAUUUUGGGGCCCCCACCUAAAACUGGACCAUGGCCCCCAAAAUCGUUAAUCCGGCUCUGGAUAUCUUUCACAGACAAAUUGUAAAUCUGGCGGCAACCGUGGAAUAUUUUCUACUGGUGCUGCGGAUUUGUUUUAAUUGCUGAUGUGUGUAAACAUAACCUGUUUGAAAUAUGGAAAUUGUUAAUGAUGAAUUACUGAAACAGGAUUUACUAGUCGUUGAUAUUUUUCUUUGCAGUUCAACAAAAGUGAAAUCAAGCAAAAUGAUAGCCUGUGAGAAAUUGGAUAAUAAUAACCUAGCGCCAAAUUUUGGGAUUACCGCCGGAACUGGAAAUAACAACAACAGCAGUGAAAACAUCUUCAUCGACAUUCCAACACCGUCGACAAGGAGUAUUUCACCGCUUUCAUCCACAUCUCCGGGGAAGGAUAAAUCCUAUGGAUUCUUUCAAAACAUUUACAGAAAAAUCAGUUUAAAAUCAAGUGACGAGAUCAGUAACAUGAAUCGUGAUGAGGAUUCACGAAGUUCGUCCGUAGAUUCGUGUUCCUCGCUCAGUGACCGCCUGCAGCCGGUGGCGAAACGACAGUCCAGUCAUUGCGUGAAAUCAACAGAACAAAUCCUAGCGUUGGAACUUUCUAGCACUUCGAGUGAUUCUGUAAGCAAUUCUUCCCGUGAUGCCGACAAAUCAACGCGCACUUCGAGGCGCUCCUCGAUGCGAAAGCUUUUGGAGAAUUUAAACAUUAAUACACCUGCAAGGACCCGAUCGCUGUCGUGCAGUAGUACCUCGGUUAACAUACUUAAUCAGAAGAGCCUAAAACAAAAAACGGAAUCGAAAUCAUCGCUAUUCAAUACCAGCAGUUCAACGGCUCUCGCGAAUAGUACACCCAGUAAACCACCGCCGAAGAAAAUUCUCCGACGGCCAGUUUCGUACACUUACCUGCGAGGAAUCUCCGGGCUGCCCACACAACGUGUUCCCAGGUCAUCAAUCUGCUGCAGUUAUUACGGACGCUAAAGCGGAACCUUCGAAGUUGUAACCGAGAAAUCGAGUCUCAAGAUAAAUUUCUCAAAUAUCAUAUCAACACACACUGUAAAAAAAAAACCGAGCAAGACUUUUUUCACCUGAUAGAAGAAAACUAGACCAGUUGAACGAACUUAGUGACUGAUUUAUGCACUCGAACGUGUUAACUGAAAAUAGAACUUGAUUGGCAUUCAGUACCUUUGUAAGUGAUUUUCGAAAAAAAAAACUGAUAUUUUGUCUGCCACAGUUGCUACCAUUGAUUGUGAGGUUGAUUACGUUAAAUAGUUUGUAUAUACUAUACCAAAGUAACCGAAGUGGACCCUAGGCUUAAGCAUUUCGACAUAAGCGAUAACCUGUACGAUUAAAGUGCCAUUAUUCUGAUAAAACUUUUAAUUAAUUUAUUAAUUAAGUAUACGAACGCGAAGGUAAAAUGCAAUUCGACCAAUUUAUUUGCCGUAGGAACGGACAACUCUUAGUUUGGAGACAAAGUGCUACUAACUAAGCUUACUGAUAGUAAUAAAAAUGAUAAUAAACUGCAUCUUUAGGAGUAGAGCAAGCGGUCGACGAUACGCCGACACAGCAUUAUUUCCACUUAAGGUAGAGAAAGGAUACGAGCUACGCUAUAAGCAACACCAAAAUUCUAAACCUUAGAUCUGCGGAUUUUCGAUUGAUCCGGUAGCUGUGAGUGGUUGAGUUGUUACUUCUUCCUGCAUUGAACAAUUCUUAGUGUUGUGUUUGCUCAGUUUGAAUUUCUAAGAUAAGAUACAAGCACGAAAAUUCGAAAGUAAUUAUUAUCCUGUAGAAAUGGUUUAUAGUAGAAUAUUUUCCACUGGUACGAAUA